UGAGAAUUCCACAGACAUUUGGAUUUUAAUAAAGUAUUUGAUAAACUCUGAUGUUAUUCUGUAUAUAAGAUGGAGAGAUGUAGGUUGGAUAAUAGACGGACAGGUUUCAAACUCAUCAAAUAAAGUUGAGUGGCUCCCUAUUAAAGAAAAAGGUAAUCACUUCUAGAGGGAAACUGUCAAACUGGCAGUGAGGCAGAAGCAGAUGAAGUUGGGAAGAAUGACACAAGACAAAUAAAAACACAAGAGACGGGAUGGAGUCCAAGUCCCUGUUGUCGCAGCCCGCGCCAAUUUAUGUCCACUUAAUUCCCGCCCCGUUUCUAUUGGAGUUGGGCCCCCCUGCCUCAGAGGACACCCCCGGAGCCGAUGGGACGCCUCCUUCCUUGGAGUUCUAACUGCCCCCGGAGCACUCACUGAGGACCAAAUAAGUGGAGCAGCUUUUGUUUUGGCCGCGUCUGGCCGGAACCGGGCGUUCUGCAGGGCUAGAUACAAAGACACCUGUGCCCCAAAGGCGAGACAAUCUGUACGCAUGUAGCGAUCCACAGACUAGAUACAAAAUAAUUCGGGGGACUCUGGGCGGGGCACUAGCGGCAAGGAGCAGCAGAGACCUCCUCUGGCCCGGGAGUCUCGGAGGAACGGACAGAUUCCGAGCCUCCGAAGUGGAGACCGAGAGGGUCCGGUCGGAGGCACUUGGAGCCGCUGUGCAGUUUGGGAAGUGAAGUCUUUGGAGGGAAAGGCUGGGCUUCAAAGGGCUCUCACGCAUCUGCUGGAGCCUGGAGCCCCCCGGAGUUUGAGGAGAGCCGCUUGGGAGACUGCGGCACAGAUCUAUUGGAGGAGGGGUUAGGGGGAAGAGUUGAGGCAGGGAAAGCCCGUGGAAAAGCUAUUGCAACCGGCGAAGCCGGAGGAGAUCGCGGCUCCCCGGAGCUCAGGGCUCCCGUAGAGGGGCGUCCAAACCCAUCUGGUAAAAGACUUUGGAUUGAGCUGCCACUUACCCCUGCCGGCUCGCGCUUCCUCUUCGUCUUCUGCCCCAAAGAGAAGCGUUGGCAUUCGUCUAGCCCAGCGCACUGGGCUGAGUCCCAAAGAAGAAGCCCAGCCGCCCCCAGUGGCUAUUGUUUUUGUUAUUGCCCUUUCGGGUCUCCAACUCUUCAUGCCCCCCCUCAGGCGGGCCACGGGGUUUUCUUGCUGAAGAGCCUCGGAGAGGUUUGCCAUUUCCUUCUCCGGUGUGUUCCCAUUUUGUAGAUGAGAAACAGAGGCAAAUAGGGGUUAAAGGACUUGCCCAGGGUCACGCAAUCUGAGGCCCCAUUUGAACCCAGACUUUGCCGAGCAGCGUGGGGUUCCUGCAAUUUCUUGGUCGUGUGUGCCUGGGCCAGCGCCACUCCGGGAUUUUUAUUAUGGAUAAGCAGAGGGGGUGCUCUAUCCAGGACCCCUCCUAGGCGCCCCCUCAUUCAUGAGUAACUGAGGAGAUUUCACACCCAGGCUCUCCAGCCGCCCUGCUCUUCCACUUUCCCCCAAAGGUUUUCAGAGCCUGGAGGGGGGAGCUGACCCACCCGAGCUUUGCAAGUCUGGCUAGAAGAGCUUCCCCCAGCCCGGGAGGCACUGAGGCACACACUGUUCCUUCAGGGCUGGGGAGAACAACACAGUUGCAGAGUGUGGGGGUGGGGGUGGGGCCGGGAGGGGGAUUCCCUCCCCCAUUUCCCCCCACUGAAAUGCGGAGCUGAGGAGUUCUCUGGCCCCGAGCUCUGCCAGAGGCUACUUUGCUGUGGAGAGGGAGGGGAGAGCCGGGGGAAACCUGUAGACUAGAAGGCUCCUGAGGAGGCGGGGGCAGGGGCUCUGGGGCUGGAGGGGCUUCUGUGGCCCCCUCCACUUCUAAUUGGCUGCCUGGUGGGCUUGGGAAAUGUGAGGAUACAUAAAGAAGGCUGAGGCUUCCCCACCUGGGCCUGACCCCAGCAGCAGCCUCAGCAGCCUCAGCAGCCUCAGCAGCAUCUUCCCCUGUGCUAUAAAGGUUAGCAGCAAGGCCUGCCUCUCCAUGGAGGUCUUCAAUCUGUGGAGGGAUUACCUGGGCCUAGCCAACGUGGUGGGGGCCCUGCGCGAGGAGAAGCUGGAGCCCGAGGCCCAGGGGGCACGGACCGAGGCCAGCCCCGGCUCGGGCACCGGCCCCAGCCUGCCCCCCAGGGAGCCCCUCUGCACCUUCUGCAAGCACAACGGGGAGUCCCGAAACAUCUACCUGUCCCACUCGCUGAAGGACGACGAAGGCCGGGUGGUGUGCCCCAUCCUGAGGAAGUACGUGUGCCCGCAGUGCAGAGCCACCCAGGACAAUGCCCACACCAAGCGCUUCUGCCCGCUCACCAGCAAGGGCUACAUGUCCGUGUACAGCUACACGGCCCGCAACUCGGCCGGCAAACGGACCACGCUGCAGUGGCCGCCAGAGGAGCUGGGCCCGGCCAAGGGCCGGCCCAAGAAGAUGCCAGCGACGGCUGCGGCCCUGCCCGAUGGGAAAACUCCCAGCAGGCCCCAGGACGAAAGCCAUGCCCGCGCAGGCAGCAGCGGCUCAGGUUCCAAAGCCUCCAGGACUGCUUUUCUCACUCUGCACCCAUGAAUUUCAUCUUCUGCCUCUGAGGAUUGCGGGGACCCAGAAGCUUGCUUUGCCAGAGCCAGAAGGGAUUCGAGGGGGACCAAGGGAAGAAGGGCGCUCACUGCAGGAGGGCAGGGUGCUCUGCCUAGUCCAGCUCAGCUUCAUCUCCUUGGACUCCCAGCAGCUUUGGACAGUGCCUCAGCUCCGGUGGCCUGCCUUGGGCCCUCCUGACUCUCCUGGUCCUCAUCCCCAUGGCAGGGAGCCUCUCUGGAGUCUAGGUGGUACUGGGCGAGAGCUAAGCCUCUGGAAGGACACCCGGGAAGUGACCACAUCCCCCUCCUUUCAAGUACCUGAUGAUUUGUAUGUAGUUUGGGCUUCCUCCUGACCCCGAUGAUAAAACUUGGCCAGGACCAGGGAAAGGUUGUCUUGCUAGAAGGACCUCCCUGGGGGAUCCUGGAGGUAGUGGCUCUUCCUGUCUUGGCUUUCCUUUUCACACCUAGGUUAGGGGUUCAAGUCUCCCACACUAUUAUUACUGAAUUGCUUUCUAAAUAAAGAUAAAGCCAUCU